CCUUCCACUGGCCACCGCCUUCGCCUUUCGCCUUCGCCCGGCGCUUCCAGAGGGAGGAAGUGUGGUGGGCGGCACGCCGCCGCCGCCGCCACUACCCCCGACCACCCCCAAAUUGGUCGGCUCUGGUUAAAGAUGAAUAUUAUGGAUUUCAAUGUGAAGAAGCUGGCGGCUGACGCUGGCACGUUCCUCAGCCGAGCCGUCCAGUUUACAGAAGAGAAACUUGGGCAAGCAGAGAAGACAGAAUUCGAUGCUCACCUAGAAAAUCUUUUGUGUAAGGCAGAUUGUACAAAACAAUGGACAGAAAAGAUUAUGAAACAGACAGAAGUGUUGUUGCAACCAAAUCCAAAUGCUAGAAUAGAAGAAUUUGUUUAUGAGAAACUGGAUCGCAAAGCACCAAGUCGUCUGAAUAAUCCAGAACUACAGGGCCAGCAUAUGAUUGAUGCUGGAAAUGAAUUUGGCCCAGGAACAGCAUAUGGAAAUGCUCUUGUUAAAUGUGGCGAAACACAGAAAAGAAUUGGGGCAGCAGACAGAGAACUAAUACAGACUGCUGCAAUAAACUUCCUUACGCCUCUUAGAAAUUUUAUUGAAGGAGACUAUAAAACAAUUACUAGAGAACGCAAGCUAUUACAAAAUAAAAGGCUAGAUUUGGAUGCUGCCAAAACUCGACUGAAAAAGGCAAAAGUAGCAGAGGCACGUGCUUUAUCUGAACAGGAAGUACGGAUAGCCCAAAGUGAGUUUGACCGGCAGGCAGAAAUUACUCGACUUCUGUUGGAAGGGAUCAACAGUACACAUGCACAUCAUCUUCGUUGUUUAAAUGACUUUGUGGAAGCCCAGCUGACUUACUAUGCACAAUGUUAUCAGUAUAUGUUGGACCUUCAGAAACAGCUUGGAAGCUUUCCAGCUACGGUUCUUGCCAACAAUAACCAGUCAUCUUCAACCUGUAUUCCAAGUAGUUCUUGUAGUAAUACGUCCUCAGCUACUGUUACACCCUCACUAACUUCAAUAAACAGUGCAGCAGCUUCUUCAAGCUUUGGUGAAUUGAAGCCCUCAAGUGGUAGUCGAAAAGCCAGAGUACUUUAUGAUUAUGAUGCUGCAAACAGCAGUGAAUUAUCACUACUUGCAGAUGAGGUGAUAACAGUGUACAGUGUCCCUGGCAUGGAUUCAGACUGGUUGAUGGGUGAACGAGGAAAUCAGAAAGGCAAAGUGCCUAUUACUUACUUAGAACUGUUAAACUGAGUGGUUGGCUUGUAUAAAGACUGUGAGUUAUGGUGAGAUCAUAUUUAUAUGCAAUUUAACUUUAUAUAAACCAGAUUUAAGUGUCUUCCAUGUUAAUGUCUUAAUGGAUGAGAGUAACGAGCAUUAGAAAUGGGCAUUUCUUGCCAAUAUUGUUGCAUGGUAGAUACUGUUUUGAGAACUAAGUUGUUUAAGGGCUUUUUACUUUAUGUGCCAACAUUGUUUCCUACAUAACUUUGUUUCUAUUGGAAUUUUCACUAAUAACAGUUUUCUGCUUUUGAGUACUGUGAACCUGAAAGCAGGGAAAACAGUUUUCUACAGAACUUUUCAUAAUGACAAGCCUCUUCAAAAUAAUAAAUUGUUGAAAAAAUGUUGCCUUUUUUUCCUGGGUAGAAUUGAGGUUUAAAGGUCUAUCACUGCACUUUUGUGCAACAAAACCGUGGCCUUAAAGAAAAGUCUUCAUAACAUGGUAGUGUCGGAGUUGGUUACUACAGGGCAAUGUUUAUGGGAUAUCUUUUGCUUAUUUUCCCACUUCUAUACAUUUGAUUCUUUGCUCAGAUUUAAUAGCAUUGCUUAUUAAUACAAGCAUCUUGGUCAAAUGUUGAUUGGAUUACAAAUGUUACCACUGUUAGUCACCUUGAAUACAAAAGGAAAAGGAUAAUCCCAAGGUAAUCAGAAUUGGGAAGUCUUUUGUGAACUUGCCUCUGGGUAACAGUAAUUCAUCUAGGCAGUCUUAAGUUUGCAGUCAUUUAUCAUUAUAAUUUGCAAUUGUACAUUUCAUUUUUCCUGUGAAACAUUUUUCUUUUUUGUAACUGAAACCAUAACAGCCUUUUUCCAAUCAGCCACAGAUUGGAACACACCAGAAAUAAAUUCCCAGUUUCACAAUG